GACCGAGCGGCCAGCUGCCUCUCUCGGUCCCCGGCGCUGGGUCCCCGGCCCUCGCCGGCGCUCGCUCCGCGGGGCAGCCGCCUCCUGCUCGUCUGGCCAUGCGGUGGCUGUGGCCGCUGGCCAUUGCUCUCACCGCGGUGUCGGCCACGGGGCCGAGCAGUGUCCAAGCCGGGGUCCCGGAGCCGAUGGGCCGGCCCAGGAGAGGCACUGAGGAGGAGGAGGCCAAGGGGGUGCAGCGGUACGUGCCGGAGGAGUGGGCUGAGUUCCCCCGGCCCAUCCGCCCGGCCGGCCUGCAGCCCACCGGGCCCUCGGCGGCCACCAGCCCCACCCCAGGCAGCGAUGGGGCCCUCAGCCGGGGGCUGGGGCCGCGGGGCACCCUGGCGGGGGCGCCGGGCCAAAGGCUGCGGAUGCAGAACCCCCUGUACCCGGUGACCGAGCGCUCCUACGGCGCCUACGCGGUCAUGCUCCUGGCGCUGGCGGUGUUUGCCGUGGGCAUCGUGGGCAACCUGGCUGUCAUGUGUGUCGUGUGGCACAGCUACCACCUGAAGAGCGCCUGGAACGCCAUCCUGGCCAGCCUGGCCCUCUGGGACUUCCUGGUGCUCUUCUUCUGCCUGCCCAUCGUCGUCUUCAACGAGCUCACCAAGCAGCGGCUGUUGGGGGACGUCUCGUGCCGGGCGGUGCCCUUCCUGGAGGUCUGCUCUCUGGGCGUCACCACCUUCAGCCUCUGCGCCCUGGGCAUCGACCGCUUCCACGUGGCCACCAGCACGCUGCCCAAGCUGCGGCCCACGGAGCGGUGCCGGUCCAUCCUGGCCAAGCUGGCCGUCAUCUGGGUGGGCUCGGUGACACUGGCCGCGCCCGAGCUGCUGCUGUGGCAGCUGGUGCAAGAGCCGGCACCCGCCGCGGGCACCGUGGACUCGUGCGUCAUGAAGCCCUCGGCCAGCCUGCCCGAGUCCCUCUACUCGCUGGUCAUGACCUACCAGAACGCCCGCAUGUGGUGGUACUUCGGCUGCUACUUCUGCCUGCCCGUGCUCUUCACGGUCACCUGCCAGCUGGUGACGUGGCGCGUGCGGGGCCCGCCGGGGAGGAAGCCGGAGCACCGGGCGGGCCGGCACGAGCCGUGCGAGCGGCAGCUGAACGGCACGGUGGUGGGCCUGACCGCCGUCUACGCCCUGUGCACGCUGCCGGAGAACGUCUGCAACGUCGUGCUGGCCUACCUGUCCGCCCAGCUGACCCGCCACGCCCUGGGCCUGCUGGGCCUCGUCGCCCAGUUCUCUGCCUUCUUCAAGGGCGCCGCCACGCCGGUGCUGCUGCUGUGCGUCUCCCGGCCGCUGGGCCGGGCCUUCCUGGACUGCUGCUGCUGCUGCUGCGAGGCCUGCGGCGGGGCCUCGGAGGCCGCGGCCGCCCCCGGCCCGGACGGCAGGCCCAGGACGGAGAUGUCCGCUUCCGUCCACUUCCACAAGCCCAGGGAGUCGCCCCCGCUCCUGCCCCUGGGCACACCCUGCUGAGG